CCAAAGUUGGGGGGUUAUACGACAUCGUUUCGGGUUACGACGUUACUCCCCAUCCAAAACUUGACACAGGGGGUUAAUGCAUAAACCCUAAACCCCAUUUUCUAGACAUUUGUACGUCAACACAGGAGGCCCUAUCUCCAAUUCAAUGAGAGCCUGUGCAUUCGUUUCGCAAUUAUGGAGGAAGAAGCAACUGAAUUCGAAUACAAUGAAAGCGAUACAGAUUAAUAAUAUCUCCAGGUGCUAUUGCUGCAAUCGAUCGCCGUUUAAGGCUAAUCAGGAAGUAGCAAACCGAGCGUCUGUGUUCCCUAAUUCUUUUAUCAGUUCUUCUAUUCAACUGUGUCGAUUGUUUUCAUCUGCAUCUUCUCUAACUAAUGGAAACGAGCCUGGUAAUACUGUGGAAACCGACAAUGCUCCUCAAACAGCACAUCCCGAUGAUAAAGUGGAUCCGGGUCCACCACAAUCUGUCAAAAGAAGGAGAAGAGGUUCUAAAAGAACUAAAUUUUCUGAUUCAGAUUCUGAUUCUGAAACAGACCUAUCAAGGGACGGUUUAAUAAAGCUUUUGGCAAAGAAGGAAGAACUUCUAAAGAAAAAGCAUACUGAGAUGGUGGUUAUGCAAGAUAAAGCUAUGAUGACUUUUGCUGAGAAUGAUAACGUAAUCGAGAGGACAAAACGGGAAGCAGAAAACGCAAAGAAGUUUGCCAUACAGUCGUUUGCAAAGAGUCUGCUGGAUGUUGCAGACAAUCUUGGCAGAGCCUCAUUGGCUGUGAAAGAUAGGUUUACGAAAAUUGAGACGGCUGAAGACCCUACGGGAGCUCUGCCACUUUUAAAAACAUUGUUGGAAGGCGUUGAGAUGACAGAAAAACAACUAGUAGAGGUAUUCAAGAAGUUUGGAGUGGAAAGAUAUGAUCCUAUGAAUGAACAGUUUGAUCCAAAUAGGCAUAACGCGGUAUUUCAAGUACCAGAUCAAUCCAAGCCUCCAAAUACUGUUGCUGCUGUGAUGAAGCCAGGAUACAUGCUCCAUGAACGCAUCAUACGACCAGCUGAAGUCGGUGUAGUUUCGAAUGUGGCUGCAGACAAUCACGAGACACACUAGACACUAUGUGGAGCUGUCACAGUCUUGUAUACUUUCAUAAAGGCAAAAAUGUUGCACGUUUCGUUGUGGAACAUUUCAGAAUGUAUUACCGAUUUUUAAUGAGAAUCUGACUAAUACAAAUGACUAAGGUCAUUCUACGGUUGCUCA